ACACUGGGGGCUAUUUCCUUGACACAUCCUAUUGUGAAUAUAUUUAAUUGAUUCUAUGUGCUCUCUUGCCUCUCUCUUCAAGGUACCAUCCUCCCACAAUUCCGGGAAAAGAAAACCAGGUGCUCCAAUGGCUACACCACACCCUCCUUUCAUUCUUUAUUUCUCUCUCCUCCACUAUCCCUUUUAGCCGCUCCCAGAUUCAUCCGAAUUCCAAUCCAACCCACAGCAAAGCCCCCACUUGCCCAUGGGUUCACAAUUAAAAAUCAGUAUAUCCUCAAUACUCUCGUGGAUUCCCUUACCCUGUUCAUCCCCCAAAAAUAGAGCCCAUCAAAAUUCUUACUGAAAUAGUCACUUCUAUGCAUAGAUUCGAAAUGGGUAGUCACCAAAACAUCUGUUUUUAGUUACCCAUCUUUCAAAAAAACAUCAAUCGAUUAAAUACCUUGAGAAAUCAAAAUCAACCAUGGAAGAGAGGCAUACGCAUACUCUGUUUGGGAAGUACGAAAUGGGGAGAUUACUGGGAAAAGGCACGUUUGCGAAGGUUUACUACGGAAAACAAUUGGAGUCCGGAGAGAGCGUGGCGAUCAAAGUGAUAAACAAAGAUCAGGUGAAGAAAGAAGGAAUGAUGGAGCAGAUCCAGAGAGAAAUCGCGGUGAUGAGACUGGUGCGACACCCGAAUAUUGUCGAACUGAAAGAGGUUAUGGCAACUAAAACCAAGAUUUUCUGUGUCAUGGAAUAUGUCAAAGGCGGCGAACUCUUCGCCAAGGUAGCCCGAGGAAAGCUCCGGGAAGACCUCGCCAGAACGUACUUCCAGCAGCUGAUCUCCGCAGUCGAUUUCUGCCAUAGCCGCGGUGUCUACCACCGCGAUCUCAAGCCUGAAAACCUCCUUCUUGAUGAAAAUGGUGGUCUCAAAGUCUCCGAUUUUGGGCUCUCUGCUUUGCCGGAACAGCUUCGAAACGAUGGCCUUCUUCAUACCCAGUGUGGAACUCCGGCGUAUGUCGCUCCGGAGGUGCUGAGGAAGAAGGGUUACGAUGGUGCUAAAGCUGAUCUAUGGUCUUGUGGUGUGAUUCUAUAUGUUCUUCUUUCUGGUUUUUUGCCAUUUCAAGAUGAGAACCUCAUGAACAUGUAUAGAAAGGUUUUCAAAGCAGAGUUUGAAUUUCCGCCAUGGAUUUCCUCUGAAGCUCGGAGGUUAAUUUCGAAGCUCCUAAUGGCCGACCCAGAUCGCCGAAUCACAAUCCCAGGUAUAAUGCGAGUUCCUUGGUUCAACAAAGGAUUCACAAGAGCACAUUCGUUUUCAAUUCGACAAGAUUUGAUUGAAAAAUCAGAAGAAUUUGAUGAACAAGAAUUGACCCAGAUGAAGAAAUCGGCCUCGUCCCCUGCUUUUUUCAACGCCUUCGAGUUCAUUUCAUCGAUGUCAUCUGGGUUUGAUCUAUCGAGCUUGUUCGAGAACAAGAGGAGAGUUGGGUCGAUGUUCACGUCGAGGUGCUCUGCUUCGGCGAUCAUGGAGAAGAUAGAGGCGGCGGGGAAAGGGCUAAGCUAUAAGGUGGCGCAGGUGAAGGAUUUCAAGCUGAGGAUGCAGGGGGCCACGGAGGGGAGAAAAGGAAGGCUGGCGGUGACGGCGGAGGUGUUUGAGGUGGCGCCGGAGGUGGCGGUGGUGAAAUUCUCAAAGUCCGCCGGAGAUACACUUGAAUAUGCUAAGUUCUGUGAAGAGGACGUUAGACCUGCCUUGAAAGACAUUGUUUGGACUUGGCAAGGUGAUAAUAUUUGUAACGGUGGUAACGGUAUAGUUGGCGGCAGUGGAUGAUGUGAAAAGAGCAACAAUCAAAUGAACCCUCCUAACCCUAGUUAGGGGUUACUCACUUGUGACUUGUUUUUGGGGGGGAAAGAUUUAUAUUUUCUAUAAGUUUUGGGUUUGAUUUUGGGUUUGUGUAGAAUAUUUGCAAAGUUAGGUGCUUAGUUUGUAAAAGAUGUGUGAUUAAGUUGAAGAAAACUUAAUAAAAAUUGCAAAGUUUUGGUGAUUCUUCCUCAAA